AUGACAUCGGGUGCGUGGUCCAGCCGCGACUGGGACACCUUUGCGGCCUCAGCCGUGAUCUGUCUUUUGUGGAUCACUUCGCUGGUCGCCGAAACCGUGUGCCGAUUCAAGGCCACGCUUCUCUGGUACCUGAUUGUGUCCGCCAUCAUCGGGAACAUUGUCAAGAUCAUCUUGAUCAUGGUCUACACAUCCUACUUCGACCCCAUCAUCUACAAUGUCUACAAGGUCUCAGACUGGGCUGUUUUCAUCACGGCUGCGGUGGUGCUGUACAAGCGCAAGGCCUAUGUCGUGCCUGAACGAUCAAAGUUCUUCCUCGACCAAAUCAUGCUCGCUGUGAUCGUCCUGACGCUGACCGCCGGGAAAAUGGCCUGCUUUUAUUCUCCCAUGGAGGUUUGCUGGCCGAUUGAAGGAUCCGUCACCUUUAUUUCCAUGCUGAUUUCGUGUAUCUACUUUGAUCUCUACUACUGCUAUCUGAUCUAUAUUCGCGUGGGAAUGGCUUCGAGUCGUAAGAAGGCUCUCGAGCUGUACUUGCCCGUCAUUUGGACGUUCUUGUCGACGUUUUUGUGCUUCUUGGGCUCCUUGAUGUAUCAAUUCGGAGUCGCCACCUUCUUCUCGAAUAUCUUUUGGAACUUUUGUAGCGUUUUGUUCCCCAUCGUUGCGAUCCAAAGCAACAUUUCCGCCAAUGUCAACAACUUUUUGAAGACCAACCGCAGCGGCGACCGCCACGACACCGAUCGCACAUCGACCCCAAAGUCUUCGAACCACAAACGCAAAGCUUCAAAUCCCGUCGUGUCACCGGUACCCAUCCUCAAGUCGUAUCCGAUCAAGAGGGACCCAGAAUUCCAAGCCAUCGGCGGUUCCCAGGCCGAGCUCGGAUCCUCAGCCUUGCCGCUCCCGAGCACUACCAACCUCAGCACCAUCGCCACGACCUCGACAGAUUUGCUGAGCAAAGACAAGCAGCGCAAUUAAUGUGUGUGUGGGGGGGGGGGUGCGCAGGACAUACCUUUUCCAGUCUCCUUUACCGGCUUUCAGCUUCCUCGUAUCCAUGUUUCGCUCCAUAUUUCCA